AUGCUGAACAGUAAAUAUCCGACUGAUUGGUCACUCGUUUGCCCAGGGACAGAUGAGGGGCCGCAUGAUGCAGUGACGGUCCACAAAGUGGAAGUGGGAGUUCGGUGCUGCUUCUACUGGCUAUCGGAUGAUGCAGAGCGCACGCUGAGCCCAGCCGAGCGCUUAAAAUGGAUGGAGGAAUCCGGCAAGGGCGAGUGCCAGGACGCGGCCGUCACGCAGACCGACUUUGCCAGCAGCGCCGGCUCUGUCUUUGCUGGGGUCUUUGAUGGGCACGGCAUUGGGGGGCGACAGGCGGCGGUGUUUGCUGCGGGGGAGAUAACGCGUGAGCUUGCUAACGACCCCCGAACGGAGCCCGGCAAGAUCAGCCGGCAGUGGAAAGCCGCCGUGACCGACGCAUGCGUUGCGGCGCACACAGCGCUGAGCAAGCCGGACCUGGCAGGCUGCGAUGCGCGUUACAGCGGCUCAACAGCAUGCAUGACGCUUGUGCACAAUGGGCAGCUAUUCCUAGCAAAUGUGGGCGACUCGCGUGCAGCUCUUGCGCGGCUCAAUCCCCUGGGGCGCAUCCAGGGGAUCGCCCUCACGGAGGACAACAAACCCAAUGACCCCGAGGAGCGGCGGCGGAUAGAAAAGGCAGGAGGGAUGGUGUCGCCGAUGCGCAACCGCGAGGGCGCCUUUGUGGGACCGCACCGCGUGUUUGGACCCGAGGGCUUUGCCCCGGGCCUCGCCAUGAGCCGCUCUCUGGGCGACCUGCUUGCUCACAGCCUCGGCGUCUGCCCCCUGCCCGUCUGCUCACAACGGCGGCUCACAGCACAGGACCAGUUUGUGGUUCUGGCAACGGAUGGGGUGUGGGAGGUGAUGGACUGUCAGGAUGUGGCCCACUUUGUGCAGCGCUGGCGCAAGCGGCCCUGGGUCGGCUGGAGCGCCUCCGACGCGCUCACGCUCGAGGCCCAGGAACGUUGGAAGCUGCUGCAGCCCGAGAUAAUGGUCGAUGAUGUGGCGGCGAUCGUCAUAAUGCUGUCGCCGCCGCCGGCCAAUGCGCUCGCGCCACGGCCGGCCCCGAAGAAGGCGGCGCGCGCGCGGGCGACCAACGCGGCGGCCAACUCGAUGGAGGCGAAGGCCGAGCGCGAUGAGCUGUCCGCGCUGCCCUACCAGAACUUCUUCCGGCACCUCGAGCUGGAGAAGCUGGACUCGCUGAACGCGAGCGGCCGUAGUGGCAGCCACGUGCGCUUUGAGGAUCGCGGCGAGGAUGACGCCCCCGCGCCCCCCGGCGCCGCCGCCAAGCCGGCCGCCGAGGACGGGGGCGCCGCUCUGCGCCGUGCGCUCUCUCGCAACACCAUUGUGCCGCAGCAGGUCUAUGACGGCGCGCCCUCUUCCGGUGGCGCCACCUCCGGCUCCGGCAGUUCUGGGGCAACUCCGGCCGCGGACGGCGCAACACCGGCUGCUUCCGGCGCGGCGUCAGCCGUGGCCGACGCUCCGGCCGCGACGGAUGCCGGGGCGGCUGCGCCGGGGCCGGCGGCUGGCUCCGCGGCUGCGGAAGCCCUGCCGCUUGCGCGGUCGGGGCUGCCCCGGGCGCCCUCCCGGGAGAACCUGCCGGCCACGGCCUUCCCCAGCUCUAUACAGGGGCAUUCGAGGUCUCCCAUGAGACAGGUGAGCCUUCAGGAGCUCAGGACACCGCCGCCGUCUGCAUUAGGCACUUCUUAUGCCUCUCGCUCUCCAAGAAGGCCCCCUGCACCGCACGAUGGCUCUCCCUUCGGCGCACACAAGGCCGCCUGGGCCGCGCUGGAAUCCUCUGCCAACAGGGCGCCCUUCACCAAGGCGCUGGGCCGCGCGAACAGCUCGCCGGCAGUGGACAAGCUGCGGCUGGCGGCGCUGGCAAUCCCCGAGAACACAGACCCAGCUGUGGGCAUGCGCGCUCUGUCUGCCAACAGCAUGCUGCGCCCCUUCUCCAGCAGCAACCUCAUGCGGCCCAUCCGCAAGGCGUACCCGAGCAAGGACAGUUUGUCGGGCAGCCCGACGGGGGACGGCGCGGGCAGCCCGCUGCUGGGGUCGCCCAUGCGCAGCGAGGGGAGCGAAUCGUUCGAAACCCUCGACGGCCGUCAGCAUGGCGGCGGCGCCGGCGGCUCCGGCCGGGACCCGCGCGAGGGCCGCGUGCGCGGCGGCAUUUCCCGCAUGAAUUCCGUGCCGGAAGAUCUGUACAGCAUUAUGUCCGAGCGCCGCCCUGCGCUACCUUCCAGGAGCAAGAGCACGCGGGUGCUGAGCACCCGGGCGAAGAUGACCAAGUCUCCCCGGGCCGCUCCCAAAUCCAUGCCGCAAAUGCAGCUGCCGGAAUUCCCGGCCGCCGAUACGGCGCGGCCGAGCUUCGCAAAUCCCUUUGCCAGCCUGCAGGUGCAGGGGAGUGGGCUGAAUCCCUGGGAUGAGUCAUCCGCUGACUCAUCGCGCCACCUCACCGAGAGCGGCGCCCAGCGCGGCAGCUCCGCCGCCCUCGACAUGUUGCGCUUGUCACCCUCUGACAACCUGCUGGCGCACGCUUACACCGCCCCGUGCGCGGAGAUGCUGCCAACCUGGUCGGGCAGUCCCCCCUACGCGCACGAGGGGUCCCCGUUACUAACCCCUGGCUCGGCCGACAGCGCCGACGGGCUGCUUGCCGCUGCGGCCGCAUCCGACAACUCCCCCUCUUCUCCCCUGCCCAUUGUCAGCGAGGAGGAGCCCAGCGUGCACAGCACGCGCGACGGCCGCAGCGUGCACGGCAUGGUGGCGGAUUCAGCGGGCAGCUUGCACCCGAAGAGCGCAAAGAUCCCCAUGCCAAACAGUGGCCACCUGGGGGCUCACCGGAAGCUGGCGCUGCAUGGCGUCAGCUGCCCGCCAGCCGCCCAGAUCCUGGUCAAGCCCUGA